GCAGGAAGUGUACCAGCAAAGCGUUAUUAUUACUCUGUCUUGUAAGGUGCAUACCGUGGAGUGAUACGUCCGACGUAAACGCGUUUUCGUUGAAAAAGUUUGUACGCAUCGAAUCAGAGAUGGCUGAAGAUUUUGAUGAUAUUGAUGCUAUGUUGGAGUCCACGUUCAAAGAUUAUGAGCGGAAAAAGUCGUCAAAUACCGAUGGCGAAAACGGUGAGACUAAGGAGAACGGCGAUGCAUCGAAAGAUGAAAAAAAACGGAAGCGGAGUCGCAGCCACAGUCGCAGCCGGAAGAAACGAUCACGCAGUCGUAGUAAAGACAAGCACCGGAAACGUUCCAAGUCCCGCUCACGAUCUAAGGAUCGAAAAAGUAAGAAACGCUCUGGAUCGAAGGAUCGGAAACACCGAUCGCGUUCCCGCGAACGUCGUCAUCGCAGUCGCUCCCGCGAUCGUCGCCGCCGUUCUAAGGAACGCCGCCGCCGCACACCUUCACCGUUUCGUUUCAGGUAUCGUCGAGGGUUCUCUCCGAGCCGGGAAUACCGCAUAGAUCCGAAAACAGGAGUCAUGUCUCUCCCCGGCGGACGUUUGGCUGGCCCAGACCAUCUAACACCAGAAGAACGUGACGCGAGAACGGUCUUCUGCAUGCAGUUAUCCGCCCGAGUUCGCCCUCGCGAUCUCGAAGAGUUCUUCUCUUCCGUAGGCAAAGUGCGCGACGUUAAACUCAUCACUGACACCAAGACAAGACGAUCGAAGGGUAUCGCAUACGUUGAAUUUAUCGAAGUGUCCUCAGUUCCUCUGGCCAUGGGACUCGCUGGAGAGAAACUGAUGGGGGUUCCAAUCAUUGUGCAACAUACUCAAGCCGAAAAGAACCGCGCUGCAAUGCCGAAUCCUUCUAUCACAAUGCAGCGUCAAGCUGGACCAAUGAAACUCUACGUUGGAUCGUUACAUUUCAAUAUCACGGAGGAGAUGUUACGGGGCAUUUUUGAGCCCUUCGGAAAGAUAGAAAAUAUAGCGUUGAUCAAAGAUCAGGAUACGAAUCGCUCUAAGGGCUACGGUUUCGUUACGUUCCAGGAAGCCGACGACGCUAAGAAGGCAUUGGAGCAACUCAAUGGAUUUGAACUUGCUGGCCGUGCAAUGCGUGUCGGACAUGUCACAGAUCGGAAUGAUAAUUUCCAUCAUCAUCAUCAGCAGUCGUCCCAGUUGGACACGGAUGACAUGGACAGAGCCGGGAUUGACCUGGGAGCUACAGGAAGACUACAACUGAUGGCGAAACUGGCAGAAGGCACAGGAAUGGAGAUCCCAGCAGCAGCGGCUAACGCGCUGACCCUCAGCCAGCAAAUGGCGGCGCCUCCAAUCGCCACACAGUGUUUCUUAAUCGCGAAUAUGUUCGACCCAAUGCAGGCUAUGUCCGGAGAUCCCAACUGGGAAGCCGAAAUUCGUGACGACAUCAUCGAGGAAUGCAACAAGCACGGCGGUGUUCUUCACGUAUUCGUGGACAAAACCUCGGCCCAGGGAAACGUGUAUGUGAAGUGCCCAUCUGUGGCGAUUGCCACUGCGUGUGUGAACGCGCUACACGGACGCUGGUUUGCCGGCAGGAUCAUUACUGUGGCUUAUGUCCCCGUUGUUAACUAUCAUCAACUGUUCCCUGACGUUGCUGCUUUGACCAAUCAGUUUUUACAGACUCGACGCACGGCGGUGGGAGGCCUGAUCCCCGGGGGAUUCUUCCCCAACGUUUGA